AUGCCAACGAGAGCUGAAUUGCCACUUCAAGAUAUUGCAUUUUCCGAAUCCAACAGCUGGACGGAUGCAUUACCAGUUUGUAGAGAAUCUGCUGUCGGUUCAUCGAUAAAUCAAAUUUAUAGAGAAGAUGGAAAUCGACAGGGAAUAGUUUGA